UGACACGUCAUCCUGCGCGACACGGAAGUAAGUGAUUUUGGCACUCCGGAAUGAACCAUUGUUUACUCCGGACAUUAAGUGGAUUGAUGUAAAUUUUAAAACCUCGUCGGAGAAUUUUGGAUGGCGGUAGAAUCGUUAAUCUCUCACACAGUUCUCUGGGAAGCGUGAAAACACAAAGAAAGCGUUGUGUGCAGCUGUCCACUGGGAGAACUGUGACGGAGUACGAUGAUGCAGACGGGCAUUCAGGAGACUCCGCCCACCGCAGGGGAGCGAACAGAGCCGAGCCGGAUGCUCAGUAAAGACACGUCGUCCCUGGACAGCACAUCUGACCUGGGAGGCCCUCGUGCUGUGACCUUUGACCUCUUUGAUAUGGUGGUCUCUUAUAAGCGGAUGGCCAUCUUUCUGGAACCGGUUACUGAUGUGGCGGACGUGCUGCGAUACGUACUCGGGUGGAGAAUGCCUUUGUGUUCUCUCUUCUGCUGCAUCCUACUGAACAUCCUCUUCAUCACAUUGAGUGAAGUGGCCUGGUUCUCUCUCGGCCUGUUGGCGGUCUCUGUCCCUGCUGUGCUGGGUUACCUUGGUGACCGUUGCCUGGGCGAUACCAGCGAUACGGUCUUGGAGAAAAAGAGACACUACGCUGUGCAGCGCAGAGAACUGCAGACCGUCCACAUGAGCCGCCAGGAAGCCAUGAUGGAGGUUAAGGGCCUAUUAAAGCAGUUAGAUGAGUUCCUGACUCAGGCAUGUGUGUACGCAGAGUCUGUGUAUAAGAUAGUGUACUGGGAGAGUCACGCAGCCUCUUCAGUGUUUUAUGGCUUCCUCCUGAUGACACUGUGUUUGCUGUACACGGCUCCUGCGGGCUGGAGUCUGUCUCUCAUCAACAGCACCAUCUUCAUCUGGAACAAAGACUUCUGCAGGGUUGUUUUGCAGCUAAAGGACUUGUUCCUCUCGUCUCCGGUCAAGCCUGCAGAAGGAGAGACAGAAAAGAGCGACCCAGAACCGAGUCACCUGUCAGACCAAACCCCUACUCCCACCAGUCUAGAGGAUCUGUCACCAGGAAGUGUGGAGGAGGCCGAGGAGGCGGAGCCUGAUGAUGAGUUUAGAGACGCCAUAGAGGAGAAUCAGCUGGCUCUGCAGGUGUGGCCUCAAGUCUAUGGGCUGACCAAAGCCCUGUGGAGACGCGUAAUUCAUAAGGACGAUGAAGACAUGGUGGGCGGAGCUGAUUAUGACUCGGUGUCUGAUAACGGUUUGUUGAGCAGGAAUGAGCCGAUACGCAGCCGAGUGUCCAAACUCACUGAGAAGCUUCGCAAGCGCGUGCCCACUAACACCCCAGGGAACUGUUCCAGCUGUUCUGCAGCGUUCUCCGUGUUAAAGAAGAGGCGGUCCUGCUCGAACUGUGGUAUGAGCUUGUGUUCUCGCUGCUGUUCCUACAAAGUGUUCAAGUCCAGUAUGGGAGCUACAGCUCCAGAGGCUCAGAGAGAGACGGUGUUCGUGUGCGUUCAGUGCAACUCCUAUCUAAGUGCGAAGUAGCAUCCCAUAAUAACCCAUUCCAGCAGAAAGCUUCAAAGCAUCCGGGAUCUGUGGGCGGUGCUCUGCUUUCUCCUCCUUUCCUUGUGCUUCUCGUAAAGCUUCAGUUACUGCUAGAGCUGUGACGGAAAUGAACCGGCCGACCCACAGCCAGACUCCAGCUCCUGCUGUGUUUAGCAGACUCUCUAAUGCGUAUCAUAUCAGAUAUUUGGUGAUGGACCUCAUUCUCAUCCUGCACUGCACAUCUAAUUCAGUCCAUAUUAAAAAAAAAAAACCACAUCAGCUGGUUGGCAGCUCCCAUAGCAACGUGUUCUAGAAUCAUCACCUGCUCUUUUGAUAUCGAUUCCAGUAACCUGCUUUAUACCUGUUCAAGUCCUCCUAUGACGUCACCUUCUGGAAUCUGUCAGGUUCUGAAAUGAUCAGAUGAGACCAUGUUCUGUAACUCGUGGCAUACUGUGAAGUCUUGUUUGAGAACCCAUCAGGUUCUAAAAUGAUCUCCGCUCCAUUGAGAAUCUGUUCCGGAACCCGUGGUCUCCUCUGAUGCCACGUUUCAGAAUCUCUCAGGCUCUAAAAUGAUCAGAUGCCUCUCUGAGACCCUGUUUCCGGAGCCUGGGGCUUCAGGGGAUGUCAUGUGGCUGCCACUAUGACCUCACUUAUUGGAAUGCUCCAGUGCUGAUGUUAAAGACAUGGCCUGAAGUUCUGCCAGUUUGAGAGCCAAAUCGUUACACCAUCACUCGUCAGAGUUUCCUAAUAACAAUAAGAAUAAUAAUAAUAAUAAUUCUUCUGACUUUGAGAACAUACUGUAUUUGACCAAGUCAGAUCCCUUCUUUUCUGCAAACGUUAAUGCGUAAAAAACGAGCGCUACGACCAAGUGCAAGUUCUGGUUUUAGAUAUUUAUUCUGAUUUGUUUCUUCACCUUCCAAGGUUAAAAUAUCAAGGUUAGGAAAUACGCUAACACUACAAGUCAUUUGGAAUUAUGAACAUAGCAUACUGCUAACUGGUAGCAUCGGCGUUCUCGGCAUGUCAGGCUUUUCUGUUGGAGACCGUCAGUACUGUUCACUGUUCUUUUAUUAAUGGCGCCCGAGUUAAUAGCUUGGUGUUGCUGUUGUUGUUGUUGUUGUUAUGGCGAUAAAAUAACACCCGUCCCACAUCUCCUCGGGUUCUCGCUUCGCUGUGGCCACACUCUGGAUUUCGGAGAGGAUCGAUUCUUAGAUGGGGGAUUGGGGGGAGGGGGUGGGAGUGAGAACGGUUCCAUCAACCAACAGCGAUCUGUUGGGAAAAUGUGUUAAAUUGUGACCCGAUAGUUUUGAUAGAACCGGGUCAGGAUGUGCGAGUGUAUUCGUCAUUUAUUUCAUUACGUAAAUCAAGAAUAUCUCUGACAGAGGACCUUUUUUUUUCCCUCCGCUGGUUUGAAAUGAAGUUAUCAUUUAAGAAUGAAUUAUAAUUAAAUCCAGUCAUUUCUCCUGCAUUAUUAUUAUUAUUAUUAUUAUUAUUAUUAUUAUUAUUAUUUACAUCAACAGCUGUAUUGUACAUCAGUGUUACUGUAAGAUGUUACAUCACCACAUACACUGAUUCCAUGCUGUAUUUUCUUUUCUUUUAUUUACCGUACUGGUCACAUGACUGGCUGCUGAUGGGCUUCUGAGCCAAUCAGGAUUCCGGGUGACGGUGGCGACUCGUCAGAGAGCCUUCUAACAGUUAACCAGUUUCUCAGCGUGGUUCCGUUUUCUGAUCUGGUCUCUGUUUCUCCUUCUCAUCAUUCAUAUCACUAUUUUAUUUCGAUUUACGGACGUGGGUUUUGAGAGGGGUUACAGUGGUCCUGUUUUCUCUUUUAUCAUCGUUUGUUUUUAUCGUUUCAUUUUUUUAAAGGUGAAUGUAAGAUGUUGUCUGUUUUAACUGUAUGAUCUCUGUACUGUACCGUACUGUAACGCAACUGUAUUAAACCUAACUCUAUCACA